AUGGAUCUCAAACCCCUUCUACCCGUGUUCUACUACGCCAUAGCGAGCGCGCUCACCAUAACCGGUCUCAAGCAGCGCCGUCACAUCCGCCUUCUGCUGCUAGGUCCAGUCUGGGUCCUCACAUUACUGUCCUUAACCUCGGCUCAUAGUCUGUCAUGGAUGAUCGGGGCUGAUAGCACGUUUGCAAGCCUGCUGGUCUUUUAUCUUCUUUAUUCGGCGAAGAUUCUGGCCUUCGACCAACAUGCCAUUAAUCCGGAGGUCAGGGGUGGCCAUACCUGGAGCCCGAGCUUCCUUGACUGCUACCGGACAUGGAAUAAUCCUCGUCAUCUACCCAUACGGCUGUCGCACUCGCCUCUCAAAAGGGACGCUACGUCAAGUGACUCCGGCCCCAACACCCUAGCACGGGUUGCCUUCAGCAAGGCAGCGAAGGCAGCGGCAUUAUGGUCAUUCGAGCACUUCAUCUUCCAGAAGUUCUUCAUCCGCACACUCGGGCAAGUCGUCAUUGCCGACUUCUCGCCUGAGAGCGAAUGGCCUCACAUGCCGCUAUCGCCACACCAACUACAAGUCCGGGCAAUAAUGUCCGUGCAAUGGAUCUGGCGGGCCUAUUUCUUCCUAGAAUUCUACCAUUCCCUCCUGGCAAUCGUCUUCGUGGCCAUCCUGCGCUUCGACGACGCCGAAGAAUGGCCUCCUCUUUUCGGAAGUCCGAUGAAUGCGUACAGCGUGCGCAAGUUCUGGGGCCGCUUCUGGCACCAAUUGACUAUACCCACGUACAUCUUCUACGCACGACUUGUUUCGAAAUACGUCGUUGUACGGCCAGACUCGAACUUAGAAAAGACGGUAAUCGCUUUCCUUGUCUUCACGAUAUCAGGCCUCUCGCAUUCCUUGGUCGGUUUGGCGUUGGGGGAUGCUGCGCUCUUCCGGGACGUUCUGUUCUUCGAGAUGUGUUUUCUUGCGGCGGCUGGGGAAACUCUGGUGUUGAAAUCGUACUCUAAAGUCUUGGGUAGCUUGAACUGGACAUGGCCGCUAUCUCGGAUGGCGCGAAGAGUUGCGGGCAUGCUCUGGGUCUUCGCCUUCUUUUUCUGCGUGGCGCCGUUGUGGAUUUACCCUAAGAUCUAUCAUGCUUUGCUCAACCCGCUUUACUGA